GAGCAGGACAUGAGAGACGUGGAAAGCUACGUGGGCCACGUGCGUGCCCUGACGGAGGAGCGGGAUGCCAUCGCCUCGGAGUACGAGAGGGAGAAUGAACAGCUCAGGUUGGAGCUGGCACGGCUGCAGCUGCUCCAGGAAGCCCAGCUGAAGGAGGUGGAGGAGCUGCUGCAGCAGGAAGGGCUGUCCCAGAUCGCUCACAGCGCUGCCAGCGAACAGGUCGCCUAUUUGCUGGUGGAGAGGACAGCACUGCUGGGGAAACUGGGGCUGCUCCACAGCACCACAGAGGGCAUCCAGUUCUGCAGGAAAGAGCUGGAGAGGGAGCCUGCAGGAGAUCUGGAUGAUGCUCCCCAGAGGCUGAUGGGGGCCCAGGAAGAGCUCCAGGGGAUGACAGAGGAGUUGGAUGCACCGAGCAAGGAGCAGAGUGCAGCAGUCCCUGAACCUGUGGUGCAGAAUUCCAGUGGAGAGCAGCAAACUGGGGUGGAGCAGCUCAAGGAGGAGAUCUGUGAAUACCAGAGGAGUGAGAGGCCGGGGCAGCCCCUGCCCGAGGAGCCCGGAGCAGCCUCACUGCAGGGCACUCGGGAUGAAGGGAGGGCUGAAGAUGAGCAUGGGGCAGGAAGAGCCUGGUCCUCCUUGGAUCAGGAGGAUAGAGAUCAGGGGGGUGAAACUCUCCAUAAAAGGUGCCGGGAGGCAAUGGAAAACAUGGAGGGCAGGAAUUCCCAGCUCCUGCACAAGCUGCAGAAACUGGAGCAGGAACAUGAGGAUUUGGUGGAGCGCAAUGAGGAGCUGGAAUCAAUCCUGGGAGAGACUCAGAUCCAGACCAAGCAGGAGAAGGAGCAGUUUGAGAGCGAGGUGGAGGGACUGCAGCAGAAGAUCACCAGUUUGGAAACAGAGUUGCUUGAGGUGCAGAAGAACAGAAGUGAGAUGGACAGGAAGGAGCAGGUGGCAUCUGGAGCACAGGAGAUGCAGGAGAUGUUGGAAAGCUGUCAGGAAACCAUAGACAAGUUGGGAAAUCAUCUGGGAGAGCAGAGGGAGAGGAGGAGGCAACUUAUAUCUGAGCUUGAGCUGCUGAGAGAGGAUCUGAAGGCUGAGAAGGGGGUCCUGGGCAGCCAGGGGUUUCCUGACUCCCAGUUGGAGCUUCCAGGCCACAGUAACACCUCCCCUGGUCUCCAGAGAGCAUCAGCCAGCAGGGAUCUCGUGGAUGUGUCCCAUGAGAAGCACAAGGACAGUGCUUUGUUAGACCCAGAGGCCUCUGAAAUCCUACAAGAUGAACAGAGUCACAGAGAGGAGCAGACACAGGAAGAUGGAGAUGCAAAGACCUAUGAGGAACAGAUGGCUAAAGUUGUGUUUUUGGAAGAACAGAUCAAAAGCCUGAGGGAGGAACAAGAGCUGCUCUGCUCUGAAUUACUAGAGAGCAACAAGAAGAAGGAAGAGCUGGAAAAGCAGCUCAAAGAGAGCAAUGAAGAGAAAAGGAUGUUGCUGGAAGAGAUUUCCCAGCUCAAGCACAACAUCCGGAGCGCCCGGGAACAGGGAGACGCCGGAGAGACCUGGAGGAUGAGCCCAGGCUUGGAGCAAAGGGAGAGCAGGUUCCUGCCAUGGCAGAGCUCAGCAGGCAGUUUAGAUGGGAGCCUUAAACAGGCUCUGUCUGAGGAGAGGUCCCAGCAGCAGGAGGAGAAGCUGCAGCAGCUGCGCCAGGACCUGCGGCGGGUGCAGAACUUGUGCAGCUCCGCCGAGAGGGAGCUGAGGUACGAGAGGGAGAAGAACGCAGAGCUCCAGAAACAGAACCUGCUGCUCCAGCAGGAGUGCACCAAGGUCAAAGCUGAGCUGAAACAGGCCCGGGCCAAACUCUCAGACUCCACAGAAACCUGCUCAUCCCUGUCAGCACAGUGGGAGAGGAGCCAGCAGAAGGUCAGGGAGCUGGAGCAGAAGCUCUCCAAGUGCUCCCAGGCUGACAAGCUCCACAGCAGCCUGAGGGACAGGCUGGCCCAGGAAAAAUCCAGGGCAGGAGAAGCCCAGAAAAAGAUUUCCAAGCUCCAGCAGAAGCUGAAGGAUUCCCAUCACCAGCUCCUGCUGGCAGAGGCCCGUGUUUCUGACAAGAAGCUGCUGGAGGAGGAGCUGAAGGAGGCCCGGGAGAACGAAGCUCGAGUGCAGCGGGAGCUCCACGAGGGGCAGCUGAAGAGGAAGCUCCUGGAGCAGCAGGUGGAGGAACUGAGGCAGCAGCUCCGGCAUUCCCGGGAGACGGAGGCGUCACUGGCCAAGAUGCACGUGGAGCUCCAGGCCAAGACUCUGCAUGCCCUGGAGGAUGAGAGGAAGCUCGACCCUGGAGAGCACCUGCAGUGCCAGAAGGAGAACCAGAAGCUCUCGGAGCAGCUGUCCCUGCUGAAGGAGGAGAACAAGGCCCUGUAUGAGGAGGGUGUUCGGCUCCUGAACCAGAAGGAUCUCUAUGUGAGAGGGAAGCUCCUGGAGGAGGAGAACAGGCUGCAGCUCCCCGGCCACGCGCCUCCCUCCCAGCGCGUUCCCAGGAGCAGCCCUGCUCCCACCCCGGAGUUCAGACCCAAAGGUGAAAUCCCUGACUGGUACCUCUGUGGGUCUGGAGCUGAUGGGGAGAACUCUCAGUGGAGCUGGGGAGGACUUGGAAAACCGGGAUAUGUUGGAAUUCAGGAUCUGACCUGCACCUCCUCCUUUCAAAGUCUCUCUUCCUUCUUCCAGGACUCGAAGACCCUUCACGUCUCCGAACGCCAACUCCAGAGCAAGGUGGUGCCACCUCCCCGUGCCAGCUUCCCACCCCGGGAUCUCCCAGACCCCUUUGGCGCCAUGAAGACCCCUCAGGACAUGAAGCCUGAGGGAGAGGCCGAAAGCCAGGACUCCUCCCUGGGCCUGUCCCCCUCCCAGCCCUCAGAGCUGGGCUACCUGAACGUGGCCUCCCCGGGGGACACCACGGCCUCCCCGCUGCAGGAGGAGAGCAGGAGCGUCGGCUCGGAGACCUUCUGAGCUGGGAAUUCUGUGCAGAGUCACCUGGAUGCAGGACUGGGACUCCUGAGCUGGGAAUUCUGUGCAGAGUCACCUGGAUGCAGGACUGGGGCUCCUGAGCUGGGAAUUCUGUGCAGUGUCACCUGGAUGCAGGACUGGGACUCCUGAGCUGGGAAUUCUGUGCAGAGUCACCUGGAUGCAGGACUGGGACUCCUGAGCUGGGAAUUCUGUGCAGAGUCACCUGGAUGCAGGACUGGGACUCCUGAGCUGGGAAUUCUGUGCAGAGUCACCCUGGGGCUCCUGGGAAUGUUGUGCAGAGUCACCUGGAUGCAGGACUGGGGCUCCUGGUGCCGUGGGAUGACAGAGACUGCAAAGAGAAGAAUUGCCAAAUGGACUGACCUAGGGAUUUCUGGGAUAUUUUCCAGCUGAGUUAAUCCAGUGUUGUUUUUUUUUUUCCACGUACCCCCUGUAAAUGUGUUUGUGUCAUCCCAGAGACACUGGAGGUUGGAAUGUGUAGAUAAACUCAUAAACAUGGAAGAGGGGUGGGGUGAAGUGUGUCUUCCCUCAACCCUAAUUCCUUGUCCAGGCCAAAUCUAUAAAUUUUAUAAAGAAAAGAAAUUAAUGUU